AUGAGUAGAGUCUCGGUAGCAGUUGGCUGUGCUGUUGGUAUACCUAUUGCUGUGGGUGUCUUUAUAGCUUCUUUUUUUUGGUGGAGAUUGCAAAGGAGAUUUAGGAAAGAGGAGGAAAUGGAUCAAGAAUUAGAAAGAGCUGUGUAUGAUGAAACCGGAUUUAUCAGCUUCGACAAUUUGGCAUCUUUACAACAAAAUGAUCCAAAGAGUAAUACAAACACAGUAACAAAUGAUAUCUCAACGGAUCAAAAUGAAGGUAGUGAUAACUCCGAUACAGCCCAACCAAGAAAUACUAGGAAAUCGAAAUAUUUUGUUCCAGCAUAUCGUAGAAAAAUAAACUCAAUGUCAAUACCAAACCCAUCCGUUGCAGCCCAACAACAUACAUCAACGUCACCUCACAAUACCAAUAAAUUUACCAGUAUACAAGAUAGUUCUACGGCUUCUUUCGACUCUUCGUUUCCAACUAAUCAAAGAAAAAUUAGUGUUUAUGAUCAAAUGAUACCAAUAAUGUCCGGUAUUAACGACUCAAAGGGGAAAUUAAAUUCUGGUACAACAAUGGGAACAGGUUCCACAAUUAUUGCUCCAGAUGAUAGUCACAGUUUCCAAUUUCAUGAAUCGACAAGUAGUGAUGACUUUAUUAGAAACUUGCAUAAUCAAGAUUUCGGUUCAUAUUAUCCUAAAAGAGCUUCAACCUCGAAUAUAAGUAAGUUGAAUGGAUUAAACUCACCAAUAGUACAUAAUUUGAAUCAAUCAAAUAAUUCAUUUCAUACAAGAGAUAAUUCUUCAUUGACUACUACACAAAGUAAAUCAAAUUUAAAUUUGACGCUACCUGAAAAGCCAAUAGAAAAUGUAUUUGAUACUCCAAAGAGUCAGAGGCAGCGUGAAGAGCGUCAAAUCAAUCAACAUAUAGAUAUCGAUGACUCAGUAACAUCGUCAUUAAGGAAAGAUGACAAUAGUAGUAGUGGUAAUAACAAUUAUUCAUUAAAAAAUAAUUACGAUUUUGCCAACGAUAAUAAUGUAAUUGAAGAAGAAGAUCAGUAUGAAAAUGAAUUUACUAAUUAUGCAGAGAAUAAAAGAGCUUUCAUUGAUAGUUUAAAACCCAAAUAA